GGCAGCGGCGGCGAUGGCGGCGUCGGGGGCCGAGACGAAGAUCAUCUACCACCUGGACGACCAGGAGACGCCCUACCUGGUGAAGGUGCCGGUGGCGGCCGAGCGGGUCACGCUGGGCGACUUCAAGGCCCUCCUCAACCGGCCCAACUACAAGUUCUACUUCAAGUCCAUGGACGACGACUUCGGGGUCGUGAAAGAAGAAAUCUCCGACGACAACGCCAAGCUUCCCUGUUUCAAUGGCCGGGUGGUAUCUUGGCUGGUGUCCGCCGAGGGGUCUCAUUCGGACGCUGGAUCGGUCUGUGCCGACAAUCAGCCCGAGCUCCCACCUUCCGUUGAGCGCACCGGAGGCAUCGGGGACUCGAGGCCUCCUUCGUUUCACCCCAACACUGGGGGUAGUCGAGAAAACCUGGACAAUGAGACGGAGACGGACUCGGUGGUGUCGCUGCAGAGAGAGCGGCCGCGCAGGAAAGAUGGGCCCGAGCACGCACCCAGGGUGAACGGGACCGCCAAAGGAGAACGGCGACGGGAGCUGGGCGGCUACGAGAGCUCCUCCACCCUCAUGAGCAGCGAACUGGAGACCACCAGCUUUUUUGACUCCGAUGAGGAUGAUUCCACCAGCAGGUUUAGCAGCUCAACAGAGCAGAGCAGCGCCUCUCGCCUGAUGAGACGGCACAAGCGGCGCCGACGGAAGCAAAAGGCUCCACGCAUUGAGCGGUCCUCGUCCUUCAGCAGCAUCACGGAUUCCACCAUGUCGCUGAACAUCAUCACAGUCACCCUCAACAUGGAGAAAUACAACUUCUUGGGCAUUUCCAUCGUCGGUCAGAGCAACGAACGGGGCGACGGCGGCAUCUACAUCGGCUCCAUCAUGAAGGGAGGCGCCGUGGCGGCCGAUGGAAGAAUCGAACCAGGGGACAUGCUCCUACAGGUGAACGACAUCAACUUCGAGAACAUGAGCAACGACGAUGCCGUGCGCGUGCUAAGGGAGAUUGUGCACAAGCCGGGGCCCAUCACCUUGACCGUUGCCAAGUGCUGGGAUCCCAGUCCCAGGGGCUGCUUCUCAUUACCUCGGAGCGAGCCCAUCCGGCCCAUCGACCCGGCGGCUUGGGUGUCCCACACGGCGGCGAUGACCGGCACCUACCCGGCGUACGGUAUGAGCCCAUCCAUGAGCACAAUCACUUCCACCAGCUCCUCCAUCACCAGCUCCAUCCCCGAAACCGAACGCCUCGAUGACUUUCACCUGUCCAUCCACAGCGACAUGGCCACCAUCGUCAAGGCCAUGGCCUCGCCAGAAUCCGGGCUGGAGGUGCGCGACCGCAUGUGGCUGAAGAUCACGAUCCCCAAUGCUUUCAUUGGCUCGGACGUGGUCGACUGGCUCUACAAUCACGUGGAAGGCUUCACGGACCGGCGAGAGUCCCGCAAAUACGCCAGCAACCUGCUGAAGGCCGCUCAUCCGGCACACACGGUCAACAAGAUCACGUUCUCGGAGCAGUGCUACUACAUCUUCGGCGACCUCUGCGGCAAUAUGGCCAACUUGUCUUUGCACGACCACGACGGAUCCAGCGGCGCCUCUGACCAGGACACCCUGGCUCCCUUACCCCACCCGGGAGCUGCCCCGUGGCCCAUGGCCUUCCCGUACCAGUAUCCGCCACCUCAUCCGUACAACCCCCACCCAGGAUUUCCGGAUCCCGGCUACAGCUACGGAGGGGGAAGCGCAGGCAGCCAACACAGUGAAGGGUAAAUGUUCAGAAGCCGGAGCAGCGGCUCGAACCGCAGCGGGAGCGAGAGAAGGAAGGAGCGAGAUCCCAAAGGCGAGUCCAAGUCCGGGGGCAGCGGGAGCGAGUCCGACCACACGAGCCGCAGCAGCAUGCGCCGGGAGCGGGCCGCCAGCGAGCGUUCGGUGCCGGCCAGCCAGCGCAGCCACCACUCCCUGGCCCACAGCGUCCGCAGCCACCACAGCCAGCAGUCCUACGGCCCUCCCGGCCUCCCGCCUCUCUACAGCCCUCCCAUGCUCUUGAUGCCUCCGCCGCCGUCUGCUCUGGGCCCCCCCGGGGCUCCCCCCGGCCGAGACCUGGCCUCAGUGCCCCCUGAACUGACAGCCAGUAGACAGUCAUUCCGAAUGGCCAUGGGCAACCCCACCAAGAAUUACGGGGUGUUUGACUUCCUUUGAGCCGGCCGCCCACGG